CAUUGACUGCAAGCGAUAUAUCAGUUCAAAGUGGCAGUGUUUUUGUUGGCGUGUGCAGGAAAAGUUUAUUUGCUGAAAAACUGAGGGAAAUACAAGUGAAAUUGCCAGAAAAUCUACAAGAUAACAAGUUUAAAUAGUGUUUCAGUGAACAGUAUUGAAAUUCAUACUGAAAAUCCUGGGAAUCGAGUCUAAACAAAGAGAUUGUGAAACAUAACCUCACAUUUGGUGAUUAUCGCAAGUCAUUUGACAGCAGUCUCCGGAGAUUUUUUGGAAAAAUGGUCGAGGAGGUCAAGAUAGCAAUUGAGAAGGAUAACAAGGCACCUCAGGAUGAGAAGGAGAAACCAAAGGUGGCCGAGGAGGAGAAAUCUGAACUGUCGGAGGAUGAUAAGCAACUCCAAGAGGAAUUGAAUAUGUUGGUGGAGCGUCUGCAGGAACCCAAUCAGGAUCUCUAUUUGCCAGCAUUGGAGGCACUGAGGAAAUUGAUAAGGGCUUCUACGACGUCUAUGACGUCUGUGCCGAAACCACUGAAAUUCAUGAGGCCACACUAUGAGACAAUGAAGGAGAUAUACAAGAAGAUGGUGACUGGUGAGCAAAAAUUUGCCUGUGCAAAUAUUAUUUCAGUUCUGGCCAUGACAAUGGGUACUACUGGGAAAGAAUGUUUGGUUUAUCGGUUUUUGUGUGAUCCUACGGAUCAAAUUGGAGACUGGGGACAUGAAUAUGUGAGGCACUUGACGUGGGAAAUUAGUCAAAAUUGGAAUGAGACUUCGGAAAAUUUCCGGACACGUUUGAUUGAUCUGGUGAAGCAGAUUGUGCCCUACAACAUGACGCACAAUGCUGAAGCUGAUGCUUGUGAUUUGCUAAUGGAGAUUGAGCAGUUGAACUUGCUGGAGGAGUAUGUGGAUGAAAGUACGUAUCCUAGGGUUUGUUUGUAUCUCCAGAGCUGUGUUCCCUAUGUCCCAGAUCCCGAGAAUACCACUCUGCUGAAGGUGGCACUGAGUAUCUUUCGGAAAUUCAAGCAGUACACUCAGGCAAUGCGUCUGGCUUUGAUGCUAAAUGACAUCCCAGUGAUUGAAGAAGUCUUCAAUUCCUGCGAAGACACGUCUAUCCGGAAGCAAUUGGCUUUUAUGUUAGUGCGUCAGCAGAUCUUCAUUGAGGUGAAUUCCAGUGCUGCUGACUAUGAUGAUCUCGUGGAAAUCAUGUCAAAUUCCCAUCUAAAUAAUCAUUUUCUCAAUCUUGCCCGUGAGCUGGACAUUAUGGAGCCCAAGACACCUGAAGAUGUCUACAAGUCUCAUCUGGAGAACUCCCGGACACCCUUUGGGGCCACUCCGGUGGAUUCUGCACGGCAGAAUCUGGCAGCAAGCUUUGUCAAUGGCUUCGUCAAUGCAGGCUUUGGCCAGGACAAGUUGCUGAUGGAGGAUGGGAAUAAGUGGCUGUACAAAAACAAAGAGCACGGCAUGCUGAGUGCAACAGCCUCCUUGGGUCUCAUUCUGCUCUGGGAUGUGGAUUCUGGACUGUCAUCUAUCGACAAAUACCUAUAUUCAGCAGAGGAUCACAUCAAAUCCGGAGCCCUCCUGGCCUGCGGCAUUGUCAAUUGUGGCGUGAAGAAUGACAUUGAUCCGGCUCUGGCUCUGCUCUCUGACUAUGUCCUCCAUCAGAACACGACCAUGAGGAUUGGAGCAAUUCUGGGAUUGGGUUUGGCCUAUGCAGGAUCCAAUAGAGCCACUGUCCUGGAAUUGCUAUGCGGGGUGUUCAAUGUGGACAGGAAGACAGGUUCGACGAUUGAGUUGAUGGGAAUGGCAGCACUUGCAGUUGGAAUGAUCGCUGUGGGAUCCUGCAAUGCUGACAUCACUGAAACACUCAUCCAAACCAUCAUGGAGCGUUCAGAAGCUGAUUUCAAGGAUACCUAUGCUAGAUUCCUGCCCCUGGGCUUGGGUUUGCUCUACCUAGGACGUCAGGAGGCAGCAGAAGCCGUAAUAGCCGCCCUCGAGGUCAUCCAGGAGCCCUUCCGUUCAAUGGCAACGACAAUGGUUGAAAUCUGUGCUUAUGCAGGAACGGGAAAUGUCCUGAAAAUCCAGCAAUUGCUACACAUUUGCUCCGAACACUACGAACCGGCCACAGAGUCAGAAUCCACGGGGAAAUCGGCGAAAGAUGAGGCAAAGCAGGCUAAGGAAAAGGAGGCACGUGAGAAGGAUCUGUCAUCGACUCAGGCGGUUGCUGUCAUUGGAAUUGCAUUGAUUGCCAUGGGUGAGGAAAUUGGCUCAGAGAUGGCGUUUAGGUCAUUUGGAAACUUACUGAGAUACUGCGAACCGGUUAUUCGCCGAGCAGUUCCUCUGGCUCUGGGCUUGAUUUCUGUGUCAAAUCCCAAACUCAAUAUUCUGGAUACACUGAGUAAGUUCUCUCACGACAGUGACAUUGAGGUGGCACACAAUGCAAUCUUUGCAAUGGGAUUGGUUGGAGCUGGCACAAAUAAUGCUCGGUUGGCAUCGAUGCUACGUCAGUUGGCGCAGUACCAUGCCAAGGAGCCAAAUAAUCUGUUCAUGGUGCGCAUAGCUCAGGGCUUGACGCAUCUGGGGAAGGGUACAAUGACACUGAGUCCAUAUCACAGUGAUCGUCAAUUGAUGAAUCCUGUGGCAGUGGCUGGACUACUGUCGACCCUUGUGGCUUUUCUCGAUGUCAAGAAUAUCAUCCUGGGACGCAGUCACUAUCUCCUGUACACCCUCACGGCAGCCAUGCAGCCCAGGAUGCUGGUGACAUUCGAUGAGAACCUCAAGAGUAUCGCAGUGCCUGUGAGGGUGGGAAUGGCAGUGGAUGUGGUUGGACAGGCGGGGAAACCCAAGACAAUCACGGGAUUCCAGACACAUACGACUCCUGUGCUGCUGGCCAUGGGAGAAAGAGCUGAAUUGGCUACUGAUGAAUACAUCUCAUUGGCGCCCAUCAUGGAGGGAUUCGUGAUACUGCGGAAGAAUCCCAAUUACGUCCCCUAAGGACACUUUUUUCUUUUUUUUAUAUUAAUACUUAGAAGAUUAUGUACUGCUUUUGAGAUAUUUUCGAGAACUAAUUAAAUGAGUAUUUCUCAUAAAAA